AUGGCGCAAAGAGGUAGAAUGAUGAAGAGAAAGAGAAAAUCUCCUACUGUGCUACCUACUGAUAUCUUAAUGGAAAUUAUAAGUAGGUUACCUAUUUAUACCAUCCUUCAAUGUUCCCGUCCUUCAUCAUUACGUAGUAUUACUGGUAUUAAUGUCGAGUUUAAUCGUAUUGUCAAAAAUCCUCACUUUGCUAAACUAUUCCAACGCCAUCACAAUAAUAAUAUAACUUCUCCAUCCACUUUCAUGGGUUUCUAUGACAAUUCUAGUAUCUCCUAUCUCAUAGAAUACGAGAAGAAAAAUAACACCCUUGUCUUUACUCAUAAAUUCGACACGAAUUGUCUUGUACCAAAUAAUGACAAGGACUCUAGAAUAAUAAUGUCAAAUUUGCACGUUUUGUGUUCUUGCAAUGGUGUGCUUCUUGUUAGGUACAUACACAAGAUUAAUGAUGGUACUAUUGGUCGUCUUCGCGAGUCUUUGCUUCUGGUAAAUCCCGUGACACGUCGUUGUUAUACUGCUUUUGAGUAUGACGAACCAUCUCUGAUAAUGGAACCAAAAUAUGGGCUGGGUUAUAGCCAGAAGUCGGGACAAUACAAAGUGGUUAGGUUUACAGAAAAUAUAUCUGAAAGACACCGAGUUCUUGAGGUCUUAACUCUAUUAGGCAAUAGCAAAAUUUGGAGAACGAUUGGUACAUAUGAUGAUCAUGAUGGUUUUUAUAAUGUCUUAAGUGCUCCAGUUUUGGUGAAUGAUUCGUUGCAUUGGCUAACAAGUCACGGAAAUUCAAUCUUAAGAUUCGACAUCGAUACUGAGGUUUUCGAGUUCUUUCCUACACCCUACAACGAUGAGUGGAUCAUGAAUGUUAGCUUCUUAAGCUUGUUAGAUGGGUUACUUUGUGUUGGAGCCUCCAGUAUAUGCACAUAUAAUAGCAGUCCUGAAAUUUGGGUGAUGAAGGAGUACGGAGUGAUGAGUUCUUGGUUUCGUGUUUCGGUGAUGGAUGAUUAUUAUUAUGGUGAAUCAUUGGAGUUUAUCCAAGUCCUCGACAAUGGCAAGAUACUAAUGAUAUCGCGUCUCAAAAAUAAUUUUGUGAUUUUUGAUAUAGGAACAAGAAAGAGAGAGUCUCUUGUAAUGGAGGAGAUUGAUCCAGAUUUGAGCUGUGGGUUCAGAUUACUACCUUUCAUCUCCAACUUCUUGUCAUUAGAUGAUCGAUACAAAUCUAUAACAUAA